GAUGUCUUUCCAGUACAGAUGAACCCAAUAGCUCAAUCUCAGUUUGUACCUUUGGCUGAAGUUCUUUGCUGUGCUAUAUCUGAUAUGAAUGCAGCUCAGAUUGUAGUAACACAGGAAUCACUUUUGGAGCACUUGAUGAAACAUUACCCAGGCAUUGCGAUUCCAUCUCAAGAUAUUCUCUAUACCACUCUGGGAACUCUGAUUAAAGAAAGGAAGAUUUAUCACACUGGAGAAGGAUACUUCAUAGUUACUCCUCAGACUUACUUCAUUACAAACACAACCACCCAGGAAAACAAGAGGGUCCUCCUGUCAGAUGAACACGGUCCAGUGCCAACUUCCACGACAUAUCUGGUGAGCAUGGAGAACCGCGCAGAGGCAUCCCAGGAGAACACGGUCCCUGUUUCCCAUUGUCAGUCUUGCCGGUGUUUCCCUGAUGUGUGCACGCAGGAUGUUCAGGAACCACAAACUGCGGCAGAAGUGACUGGAAAAGGCCAGAAAAGUCUCGGGGAGUCGAAACCUUCGGUACAGAAUGGGGCGGUUUCAGUGUCUGUGGAGAAUCACACCUGUGAGAGCACCAAACCUUUGCUAUACACAAGAGACAGAGAAAAAGGCAAGAAGUUUGGUUUUAGUCUGUGGUGGCGCAGCAUAUCUAGAAAGGAGAAGCCCAAAAGAGAACACAGCAGUUUCUCUGCUCAGUUCCCACCUGAAGAGUGGCCGGUCCGGGAUGAAGAUAACUUGGACAAUAUCCCUAGAGAUGUUGAACAUGAGAUAAUAAAACGAAUUAACCCCAUUCUGACGGUUGACAACUUAAUCAGACACACUGUCUUAAUGCAAAAAUACGAAGAACAGAAAAAAUAUAAUAGCCAGGGCACUUCUACUGAUAUGCUGACAAUCAGGCCUAAGUAUCCUUCAAAAGAGAGAGUUAAGAAAAGACAGGGUCGGUCUGCAAAGUCUCGAGGGCGGGGCCGUUCUCGUAGGGAUCGACACAAAGCCAGGAAUCAGGGAAGUGAGCUUCUACCAGGAAGUAUUAGACUGGAGAAACACUCCACGCUCCCAGCUACCCAGCACGCCCCCAAAAUUAACAGCCCAGAUGAAGCGGUAAUUCAGAAAUUGCCUGGUGAGAAUUCAACAGUGCUAAGCUCCCAUUUGAUUUACAAAAAGCGAAUCAGUAAUCCUUUCCAGGGUUUGUCUCACCGAGGAAGUCUGAUAACCAAAGGGCACAACAUUCAGAAGACCAGCGAUCUGAAACCCAGUCAGACUGGAUCAAGAGAAAAGCCUUUCCAAAGGUCAAAGUCUUUGGAUUCCUCAAGAAUUUUUAACAGUGAAGCCAAACAGCCGUCUGCUGAGCAACACGAUGAGAAACUGAAAGCAGGAUUCAUCUAUAUGCAUAACCCUGCUGUCAAAACCACCAAUGACGACUCCAGAGAUCAGCCCUUAAAUUACCCUCAAUGUAGUGUUUUGCAAAAUGACAGUAAGUGUUGUUCCUUGAUGGGUGGCAUGUUGAGAUAUGACGUGUACUGUGGAGAAAAUGAGGUAAUCCCUGAGUUCUUGAGGAAAAGUCAUUCCCACUUUGACAGAUUAGGGGAGACCAAAGAAACAGCGCCUAUCCUGCCAUCACCAGGUGCCUCCUUGUUAGACCAAACAUCCCCUGCUUGCAGAUUAGUUGAUAAAACAAUACACCAGUUUCAAAAUCUUGGUCUUUUGGAUUACCCAGCCAGUGUGAACCCUUUAAGACAACCUGAGAGACAAGACAGAGACUCAGAAGAAUUUUUGAGAGAGGCAUUUGUCCAGGAUGCAGAGACUGCGAGCCUGGAAAAUGAAGGGCUUUCUGAUGAUGAUCAGGCCACCUUGUAUCAGAAUCAAGUGGAAGAUGAUGAUGGUGCCUGCAGUUCAUUAUAUCUAGAGGAGGAUGACUUUUCUGAGAAUGAUGACUUAUGCCAAAUGCUGCCUGGCCACAUUCAAUGUUCCUUUACAGAUGGAAGCAAGGGAAAUCAGUUAGGAAAACAAAAAGUGACCGAGAGAUCUCUGGCUGAGUACAACAGCAAAAUGGAUAAGUUUGAGCUGCGGGUGCUUAAAAUAAAUGAAUACUACAAACCCACUGUGUUGCUCACUAACCCAAGUGAAAGCCAAAAGCCUAAUUUCUCUGGUGAAAGCUGUGGCGUAGGUUCAGGAACCCGGUUUGGUUUUAACUACAAAGAACACAGUGUUGCUAAAUGUGGACAGGCCUCGGCACCUACUGAUGAAAGAAUAUUUGAUUACUACAGUGCAAGUAAGGCUGGUUCUGAAGCUGAAAUCCUCCAAGACUCUGUUGGUGAUACAGGAAAGAAACCAGCUAGCUGGAAUCAGAAUCCUCAGAAUCAGGAAAUGAGAAAAUGCUCCCCACAGAAGUUAGACCUUUUCGACACUUCACAUAUGCCGGAGUCAGCUCAGGAUAUCCAACAUGAACACAGUCACUCGGAAGGAACAGAAAAUCACAGCAUGGCAGGAGAUAGUGGGAUAGAUUCUCCACGGACACAGAGUCUGGCAUCUAAUAAUUCAGUUAUUUUGGAUGGACUAAAAAGAAGACAGAAUUUUCUGCAAAACUUUGAAGGCACAAAGAACAGUCAGACACUCACAUCCAGUUCCUUACUACAACUAACUCCAGUCAUAAAUGUUUAAUUUUCUUUUGGAAACUUUUUUUGUUUGAGUUGGAGUCUCACCCUGUUGCCCA